AUGGCCAAGGAUAAACGAGAGGAAUCCACCCCAGCAGCCUUGGCCCAACGUCUGUGCCGGCGCUGCGGCCUCAGCGCCAGAGCUCGGCCCUGGCUGCUCGUUCGCAGCCUCGGCGCCUUCAGGCGGCUGCACUCGGCCAUUGCCACGGCGCAGGAGUCCCUGCAGGAGCGGUACCGGCUGGGUUCCCUGCUGGGGUGCGGCGGAUUCGGCAGCGUCUUCGCAGCAACGCGGCUCUCGGACGGCGCCCCGGUAGCCAUCAAAAGGGUGCCUCGGAACCGCAUCUGGCAUUGGAGCGAGCUGCCCGACGGCACCAGCGCUCCCCUGGAGGUUGUGCUGCAGGACAAGGUGUCCACAGGCUUUCCCGGUGUCGUCCAGCUGCUGGAGUGGCUUGAGCUGCCCAGCGACAUUGUGAUGGUGCUGGAGCGGCCAGAGCAGUCUCAGGACCUCCUGCAUUUCAUUCGGGCACGGGGGUUCCUGCGCGAGGAGGUGGCGCGGCAGCUGUUCCGCCAGGUGCUGGAGGCCGUGCGGCACUGCACCAGCUGCGGGGUCCUGCACCGCGAUAUCAAACCAGAGAACAUCCUGGUUGACCUGGCCACCGGGCAGGCCAAACUGAUUGACUUUGGCUGUGGCACCUACCUGCAAGACACAGCCUACACUCACUUUGCAGGAACACCAUCCUACAGCCCCCCGGAAUGGACCCGCUUUGGCUGGUACCAUGGCGAGCCAGCUACCAUCUGGUCCCUGGGCAUCCUGCUGCACGAGAUGGUCUGUGGGAAGAUGCCUUUCAGGAGGGGCUGGAACUUCAGCUGGGGCCAGCUCUCACUGCCACAACAGCUCUCUCCAGAGUGCCAAAAUCUGAUUGGGUGGUGUUUAUCCAUGCACCCCUUGGCCAGACCCUCAUUAGAAGAGGUGUUCUGUCAUCCU